AUCUUAUCUUUGCCUUGGAGACUUCACUAAUCAAGAAAAUGAUUUAACAAACAUGAAACCAUGAGCUUUUGCAGAUGCCCACUUCGUAUACCUUUUCCAAUUCCCAAGCCUUUUGAUUACCCUGAAAUAUAAUUUUGCCAAUUCUUGUCGGACCCUCCUGCAAUCUUCCCAUUUUAUAUACACUUUACUGUUUCAGAUCAGGAGUGGGAAUUCGUACCUUUCUUUGGCAUCGAAAAUCUCGGUGUAUAUAUGAGAAACAAACCCAGAAAAUCGAAAGGACCCCAAAACUGGGAAGUCCCGGAUUAAGCAAAUUUUCUGGAAUCCCAUUUCCCAAUUCAACUCUCCUGCAAUUGCUCGUUGAUUCAUCGCUACCCUUUUCAUAUCGUGAAGACCCCAGUACGAAGGAGCAAAACUUUUGCCAUAUCCAGUCCACCCAAUUUCUCCCUUGUACUAGUAAAUUGUAAUACAGUCCCAUUUGUGGAAUCUCUAGCUCGAGCUCGAUCGAAUGGCUUCCCUCUCCAUUGGGAUUCACUUGCCCCCAUCGCAUCAUUGGAAGAGAUUUUCACUUCAGUCCCUUUCUCCUAUUUCACUCCCAUUUCACACUCGCUACGCUUCUUCUUCGAGCAGGCUCAGAACUCCAAGGUUGCUCCGUAAGAACCUUCUCGCGCGGGCUGAAGACGAGGCAAAAGGCUCUUCACCAGCUUCGUCUUCUUCAUUUCAGCAACAGCCAGCUCCACCCGGCUUCAGUAAUCAACUCGAGGAAUUCACAUCAAAGUCAGGAACCUGUGAUCCCCUAUGCUCAGUUGACGAGAUAAGUUCACAAGAUUUCGAAGCUAGUUACCAGCCGAAGACCGAUUUACUAAAAGCUUUUGCAAUAUUUGCUGCAGCCAUUACUGGGACAGUGGCAAUUAACCACUCCUGGGUUGCUGCUAAUCAGGAUCUUGCUAUGGUGUUGUUGUUUAGUAUAGGAUAUGCUGGAAUCAUUUUUGAAGAAUCUCUUGCCUUCAACAAGAGUGGAGUGGGAUUAUUGAUGGCUGUCGGAUUAUGGGUUGUUCGAAGUAUUGGGGCUCCAUCCACUGAAAUUGCAGUUUCAGAGCUAACACAUUCAACAGCAGAAGUCAGUGAAAUUGUAUUUUUCUUGCUUGGGGCAAUGACCAUAGUAGAAAUCGUCGAUGCUCAUCAAGGAUUUAAGUUGGUUACAGACAGUAUAACCACUCGAAAACCCCGAACGCUCCUCUGGGUGAUUGGAGGUGUAACCUUUUUUCUAAGUUCGAUCCUCGACAACCUGACAGCCACAAUUAUCAUGGUUUCUCUAUUGAGAAAACUAGUUCCUCCAUCAGAGUAUCGCAAGCUACUUGGAGCUGUGAUUGUGAUAGCAGCAAAUGCCGGUGGAGCAUGGACACCGAUUGGAGAUGUAACCACCACCAUGCUGUGGAUACAUGGUCAGAUAUCAACUGUGCAGACAGUCAAAGACUUGGUUGUACCAUCAGCUGUUUCGCUUGCAGUUCCACUGGCUCUUCUGUCUCUAACAAGUGAAGUCAAUGUGAAGGGGCAGGAAUUUCCUAAUGUCAUGGCAUCCGAGCAGAUGGCRCCUCGAGGAAAGCUUGUUUUCUCUGUAGGUGUCGGAGCUUUGGUCUUUGUUCCAGUGUUCAAAGCCCUCACAGGUUUGCCCCCCUACAUGGGUAUGCUGCUUGGGCUUGGAAUUCUUUGGAUUCUCACUGAUGCAAUUCACUAUGGCGAAUCGGAAAGGCAAAAGUUAAAAGUUCCUCAGGCUUUAUCUCGUAUCGAUACGCAGGGAGCGCUUUUCUUCCUUGGAAUCCUUUUGUCUGUCAGCAGCUUAGAGGCUGCAGGGAUCUUACGCGAGUUAGCAAACUACCUCGAUGCUCAUAUUGCGAAUGCUGAACUCAUUGCAAGUGCAGUUGGUGUUGUAUCAGCAAUAAUAGACAAUGUACCGCUAGUUGCCGCAACAAUGGGAAUGUAUGAUCUAUCCUCCUUCCCUCGAGAUUCCGAGUUCUGGCAACUGAUUGCAUUUUGUGCUGGUACUGGUGGAUCCAUGCUCAUAAUUGGAUCUGCAGCUGGAGUUGCAUUCAUGGGGAUGGAGAAGGUGGAUUUCUUUUGGUACCUAAGAAAGGUCAGUGGUUUCGCAUUUGCAGGGUAUGCUGCUGGAAUUGCUGCCUAUUUAGCUCUUCAUAACCUCAACAUAUCGUUACCAACAACUAUUGCUGAGGUGCCCUUUAUUUUGGGUUCAUAAACAGAACAUUUUGGCGACUUCAUACAAACAAGGCAAGUUUGCACUUCAAAGUAUGGCUGUUCACUUCAUAAACAGAACAUUUUGGUAGUCAUUUUCUAGAGGAUGGAAUCAUUGUUAGAUAGAGAUACAAACUUUGUCUAUUGUUGUCCCAAACGCUGCAGAAACUAYAAGAGCAUCCAGUCAAAGUAUAUAUAAUCAUUCUUGAAA